AAUGAUCGACACAUACGUUUACUCGAUCUUAAAUUCGGUCAUGACGACGAAAUUAUCUCACUUGGAAUCGAAAAGUACAGAAUUGACGACCAUCCGCCAUACAUCGCACUCUCUUACACAUGGGGAGAUGCAAACGACACAUUAAAUCUGUUAUGCAACGGGAGAAUCAUCGCAGUGACCCGAAAUCUUCACGAGGCUCUAUGGCAAUUUCGAGAGAAUCGUAAAAGAUUAGCCAGACUCAAGCCCUAUACAAGGUCCCGUAAUCAACCCCUUCACUUCUGGGUCGAUGCUAUCUGCAUCAACCAGGGAAAGAAUGAAGAAAAGAGCGUUCAAGUGGGUUUGAUGAGAGAAAUUUAUCAACGGGCUAAUCAUGUCUUCGUGUGGUUAGGACCAGCAGACAAGAGUAGUGACGUAGCCAUCCGC